GCGAAGAGUGGUUCCGGAGGGCGUGAGGCGUUGCGAGGCCGGGCGCGGCGGUGCACCGUGCGGCGUGGUGUCCUAGGGCCCUGUGGCCGCAAGGCUGGACGGUGUCUGUAGCUGCUAGUGCAGUGGCGCCCGGCAAAGCCUAUUAAAAGUUGAGAAGUCGGGUCACUGUAUGAAUGGGAACAGCAAGAUGGCACAGCAAGCUCAUGUUUUACCAGCUUCAAUGGCUACCAUUGGUGGGCUGAGGUACCUGGGAGGAUUACUGCCUUCUCACAGGAGACCAAGUGAGGAAAGGAACAGAUCACCCAUGAACUGGCACAGACAGAACCUCCCUCCGCACUGCCUCCAUGGCCACCAUGACUCCAGCAGUCUUCGGAUGACGGGGAAGCUGGACCAACAGGACCCCUCCUUCUAGCCAUUCUGCCUUGGUCAGAGGACCAGGUUGGAGAGCACUGAGUUGGACUCAUCCCUGGCUUCCGGCGGCCAUCUCUGCUUCUCUGUGAGGCUCUAUCCAUGGCUAUAGCUGGGUGAAGUGGCUGGUGGUGGCCAGUGCUGCCCUCCUACACCUCCAUGCUUGGGGCAGCUGUGCUUCCCUGCGGGCCACCCAGAGUCUGGAAAGUCAGCCUCACAAGUGAUUUCCUUCCAGGUAAUGAAAACCUGCUUCUGGCCGUGGAGUAGCUUGCAGUAGACCAACUGCCUGCUGAGGACUCAACGGCCGUAACUCAGAAGGCAUCAGCUUGAAGGUCUGCAGAGUCACUCCAGCAGCCACGACUCAGAGGGGAGCUCAAGGAGGAACGAAAGGAGAAAAUUGAUACCAAAGAAUAUAAAUUCCUGGUUCUUGGCAGAAUACCCAUCGCCUUUGGUAGAAGUUACAUUUCAGAAUGAAGGGAGCCAGGCUGAUGGGGGUGCUGCUCACCCUGACUGGUGUGCUGCACGUGGUCCUGCCCCUGAGAAUAGCAGCCUUCAACAUCCAGACUUUCGGGGAGACCAAGAUGUCCAAUGCCACCCUCUCCAACUACAUCGUGCAGAUCCUGAGUCGCUAUGACAUUGCCUUGGUCCAAGAGGUCAGAGACAGCCACCUGACGGCCGUGGGGAAGCUGCUGGACAGACUCAAUCAGGAUGACCCCAACACCUACCACUACAUAGUCAGCGAGCCACUGGGCCGCAGCACCUAUAAGGAGCGCUACCUCUUUGUGUUCAGGCCUGACCAGGUGUCGGUGCUGGACAGCUACCAGUAUGACGAUGGCUGCGAGCCCUGUGGAAAUGAUACCUUCAGCCGAGAGCCAGCUGUUGUCAAGUUCUCCUCCCCAUUCACCCAGGUCAAGGAGUUUGCCAUCGUCCCCCUGCAUGCGGCCCCACUGGAUGCAGUGGCUGAAAUUGACUCUCUGUACGAUGUCUACCUGGACGUCCGGCAGAAGUGGGACCUGGAGGACAUUAUGUUGAUGGGUGAUUUCAACGCUGGCUGCAGCUAUGUGACCCCUUCGCAUUGGUCAUCCAUCCGUCUGCGCACAACCCCCCCCUUCCAGUGGCUGAUUCCUGACACCGCUGACACCACGGUUACGUCCACGCACUGCGCCUACGACAGGAUUGUGGUCACCGGAACUCUGCUCCAAAAUGCCAUUGUUCCCGACUCAGCUGGUCCCUUUGACUUCCAAGCUGCAUAUGGACUGAGCAACCAGACUGCCCAAGCCAUCAGUGACCACUACCCGGUGGAGGUGACGCUCAAGAGAGCCUGACGAGAGCAGGCCCAGGGCCCCGGCUGGACCUCUAGCUUCUCUAGCUUGCCUGUGGCCGCUGCUGGGGACCUGCACAAAGAACUGGAGACAACGGCUGAUUCUGUUGUCACCUUCAGGUUCUGGGGAUGGAGUUUAGGAAACCAGUGCGAGUUCCCUGAGCACAGAGCCAGCGCCCCCUCUCUCCCCUCCCUACUGUCCCCCUGACCACUAUUCCAGCUUGAGGAAGAGGAUGGAAAGUAGGCUUUUUCUCACUGUCCUGCAUCCAUCGUAAGCAUGGGGUUGUGUCACCAGAGUAACUUACCCUGUCAGUAUGCACACCAAGUCCAGCAUUUAGAUGAAGAAACAUCUUUUAAUUUAGGUAAAUAAAGCUCAA